GCGGGGCCACUGAGCUUCUAACGGCCGCAGGCACUUCCCACCCCCAAAUACCUGGCUGUAUCUUUGGUAGCCCCCGGAAGGCGGCUGCUUGAAAGGCUGUUGCUGGAAAGCUCCGCCGGGGGACCUGCCGCUGCCGCCGCUGUGGGGAGCCGAGUAUCUGGGGCUGACAUUAUGCGGCCUACGCGGCGUGCGUGCCGCCGUUGGCGACGGGCCCCCGAAGCGGCUUCCGCUAUCUCCACCCGGCUGGAAGCCGGGAGAGCGGGCGGGAGCGUCGUAAGGCCGCGCGCGGUGCCCGUAAGGCGGCGUGUGGUGGGGACUUCUGUAGCCGUGCGGAGAGGCCGGGAAAGGGCCCCCUCCUCCUCCUCCUCCUCCUCCUCCAGAGGGAGGGCUCCGGAACCCCCCGCCGCCUGGGAAAGGAGGCGUAGGAGGCCGGAAGCUCUGUCGGUACAUGGCGGCCUCGCGAAGACGACGGCAACGCAAACAAACGAAGAGAAGCCCGCGGAGAGGGCGGAGCCUCAGCGUCACUGUCACAGAAACGCCUCCGCCUCGUGCCCUGCGUUAUGUCGACCAAAAUCUACAGCUUGCACAUACAUCGUUCCGGCUGAAAGAUCGUUCCUUAAGUCUGGGGGAAAGGAAAGACUAGCGUGCCCGCUGGUCCCCCGCCUGGAACUCCGUCUAUUCUACGGGUUUCCAACAGCAGAUUUGUGGGAAGUUAGCCCUAGAGUUUAUUUGGAAAUACAAUUUACUAGUUUUCAAGGUGAAGAUAUUGUGAAGCCACUGGAUGGUGUGAGAAUUCUUGAUCUAACGAGAGUGCUUGCGGGACCUUUUGCCACCAUGAAUCUGGGAGACCUUGGAGCUGAAGUUAUUAAAGUGGAAAAGCCAGGAGCUGGAGAUGAUACAAGAUCCUGGGGACCACCCUUCAUUGGAAUGGAAAGUGUUUAUUUUCUCAGCAUAAACAGAAAUAAAAAGAGCAUAGCUGUUAAUAUGAAGAAUCCUAAGGGAGCGAAGAUAAUUAAAGAGCUUGCAGCUGUCUGCGAUGUUUUUGUGGAGAAUUAUGUCCCUGGGAAACUGGCUGAAAUGGGCCUGGGUUAUGAAGACAUUAACAAGAUUGCGCCUCACAUUGUUUACUGUUCAAUAACAGGCUACGGUCAAACUGGUCCAAAGUUUCAGCGAGCAGGUUAUGACUCUAUCGCAGCUGCGGUUUCAGGCCUUUUGCAUAUCACAGGGCCCGAGGAAGGUGAGCCAGUUAGACCUGGAGUAGCCAUGACUGAUCUUGCCACAGGACUGUAUGCAUAUGGGGCAAUUAUGGCUGGACUUCUUCAGAGAUAUAAAACAGGGAAGGGAAUGCACAUAGAUUGCAAUUUGCUAUCAUCUCAGGUUGCCUGCCUUACCUAUGUAGCAAGCACAUACCUAAAUUGCAAAACAGAAUCCAAACGAUGGGGCACUGCACAUGCAAGUAUUGUCCCUUAUCAGGCUUUCAAAACAAAGGAUGGCUACAUUGUGGUGGGAGCAGGAAAUGAUCAACAAUUUGCCACUGUUUGCAAGAUCCUGAAUUUGCCUGAAAUCAGCCAGGAUUCCAGAUAUAAAAAUAACCAGCAGCGGGUGCUAAAUAGGAAGGAACUAAUUGAAAUGUUCACAGCCAGGUUUUUGGAAAAAGAGACUACCAAAUGGCUAGAACUCUUUGAAGGUAGUGGUGUUCCAUAUGGUCCAAUCAAUAGCAUGCAGCAGGUGUUCUCGGAUCCUCAGGUUCUGCACAAUGGACUUGUCAUGGAGAUAGAUCAUCCAACAGUAGGGAAGAUUGCCGUUCCAGGACCAGCCGUAAGGUACAGCCAGUUUGAAGUGUCUGAGCCACAACCACCUCCUCUUGUUGGUCAGCACACAUUGGAUGUGCUAAAGGGUACUCUAGGGUACAAGGAUGGUGCCAUAGAGCAACUGCUGAGCUCUGGAGUAGUAGCAGCUUAACUGUGAAUGGCUUUAGCGUCUGUCAUUGAUGGAGAAGAAACGUUCUUGAUUCUACUAGGACCUCUUUAGGUUUCACAACCUUCGAUGGAGAUAUGUUUAAGGUGUAAUCUGAAACACAUCCAGCAACAAAAUAUCAACCUGCAAAGUUUUUAAAUAAUCAUUUUUUGCUACCUUUCAGGUAGUGGUGAGAGGGACGUGUGGAGGUAUCCUUCAAGCAGUGCUGUGCUUGUCAGGAUGGGAAUGGGGGGAACACAAGGUUGGGAGAACUCCAAGGUGGCAGCAGUGACCCUGCAGCAGUGACCCUGUGGGGCUCUGCCACCAAUGCAAAGUUGCUCCAGCCUCACCAUUGCUGCCCCACCCCAUUCCAAUGAGGAGAGCGCUGCCACCAGGAGGACCUCCCCCUCACAAGUCACUGCUGCCUGAAAGACAGAGCUGUAUAUUUCAAUGUCAAGUUCAAAUGCUAAUAUUCCCCAGAUUUUUUUACUGCUAUAGAAUGUAAUUUUUACCAUAAUCCCAUUAACUUUCUACAAAGUUACAUGAAAAUAGCAAAUGAUUGUUACACUUGUGUGCUACCCAAUUGUAAACUGCUUUCUUAAAAUAUUUUAGCAUGAAAUCAAGAAAGUGAGCAAAUAAGUGGUCUCUGUUCUUUUUAAUGGGGGAAGAGGCUUGGUAAAAUUAAUUUAAGAAGGUUUAAGUUAAACUAAUGUUAAUUUAAGUACUUCCAAGUAUGAUUGCUAUUAUUUGAUUGCAAUCUGCAGCUGUGUUGCAGUUUAGUUGCUUAGUUGCAAUAAACUUAGUUGCAUUUCUUCAAGUAUGCAAAUAACAUAUUUCAAGCCUAGCAGAGUGCUAAAAGAUUAACGAAUGGUGCUGGUGCUUUAGUCCAAGAAGCCUCCUAAGUUCUGCUGAAUUCUGUCUGUGGCUGGCUAUAUGGAUUUUCAUUUUAUAAGCUGCAUUGCCUUCCAGGAAGCAUGGUUCUGUCUUUGAGGACUGGAAGUGAUGCUUGUCAUCCAGGUUAUCUGACUUGGGAUAUUUUAUGUGAGCUCUUUUAAUAUGGGAGUAAAAAUUAAUUAAGAGCUGACUAGUUACAAUUUCUGGGCAAAAUCCUGAGUACCUAGUUUUAUGACAAUGGCAGAUAAAAACAUUCCGUGGAAUAUUUCAUCACCAGUUGUUUCCAUCUUACAUUUGUCACAAAAACAUUUGAGAAGAUGGGGAAAGGCCCCAAAAUCACAUGGGAAGGCAGCCUUUCUUACUCAUUAAGUCACUACUGAGUAAUGUGAGGUGAUGUUUUUCUGUCUCACUUGAUUCAGAAUGUCUUAUCUUAAUUGAGCUAAUUCAGGAUUGAUUUUGGUCUGGUUCAAAUUAGUUUAUUUAAACUUGGCCUCAUAAAUCCUGAUUGCACUCUGGAUUAUGUAAUCAAGAGCACAAAAGGGCCAGCAACGACAUAUCCCAAGCAUCCUAGCACCAGCAGACAUUCUUCAGCAUGCUUAUUGGAAUGUCUAUUGCUGCCAGGGUGUCUGGGAAAUCAAAUUCCUAGUCCUUCCCAGAUCAAUAGAUAUCCUAGGUUUCCCAGCAGUAAUGGAGGAAUGUCCAGAUCUAGUUUGAAAGCAUGCACCAAAAAAUUUACUUCCUUUUCUGAGCCAGAGCAGCAUACUACUAAGCAUGCCAAGCUGGCAAAAAUUAUUUAUGAAUCAGUUAGCUGUGAACUUACUAUCACUAUUAUUGAUGUCCCAAAAUAAAAUCAACCUUGCAAUUCCAUCACCACAUUUUCAAUAGUGCCUUUCUCUGGAAACUCAUUGAUGAAUUUCAGAAAAUCCAUGCCAAGAGCUACUAAUUGCGUGAGUAAAGCUAGUAGAAUCUAGGCCAUAAUUAACAGCAUGCGAUACUUGAAAGCAAAACCACUUUUUGUAUACAAAGCAAUAUGGCAUUUCUUUAAGCGUGGUGCAGGGUGGGGGAUGAUUGUUCAAUCUUGCAGGCAUAUAAUUUAGAUCAAAAGUAAAUCUUGAACAAGAAGAUUCAAAAAUCUUAGUGUGUGCUAAAGUAAGGCAUUGCCUUCCUUUCCCUGAAACUAAAUAAAACUAACCGAAACUGACACUCAACAAAUAAUGACCAUAUUUCACUCAAAGGAUCGGAAACAGGCCUGCCAUUAUAAGUGGCCUGUCACUUUGUUUCCAGUUUAACGAACAACAUCCUUCAUGUUAGAUUUGAACUUCACAGCUAUAUAUUGCUUUCCAGGGGAGAAAGAAAGAGAAAAUUAUUACAUAAUUGAGUUUAAAUGGAACUGCAAUUGUGUUUGAAGUUG